UUUCUUUUUUCUUGUUCCUAUUUUUAAAGCUGUUUCUUUCGAAAUGGAAACUGAUCAGUGUGUUUGUCAUAGAACAUUUGCAAUAAUUCCAAAGACCAUCAAAUAUUAAUUUGCAGGAAGAUUAUCUGGUGACCCCAUGACAAUGUUAUAGGGUUCCCACUGGACGCCAUAAUAAUCAUAGCCGGCUGCGCGCACCUGCGAUACUUGCUACGCUCCGCUCCUUCGGCUCCGGUAUUGUUGCUUAUAACAGCAGCAGAACACGACUCUCCAGUAGUUGUCAAACCAAGAAUUCGUCUGCAAGUUUACGUCAACGGAAUACUCAAAUGAUCAACUAAACUUUAACAAAGAAUGCUCAUUUAAAGUAACUUCUCGUUUAUCAUUCACAUAAUCAUCAACAUGAGUAAUCAGUACGACGCUCAACUGAAGCGGCUGCUGCUGCCUCAAGAAGAGACGCUGUUCGAGCAGCUGAUACGCUACGGACUGUACAUCGGGGCAGUUUUCCAGGUGGCAUGCAUCCUGGCCAUCGUUGUCUACAAUGGUGUUUCGUCCGACAGUAUAACGACCCUCAAGGACGACCCGAGCGACAUCGAGUGCUCCGAGAACAGUCCGCAGGUGACACCGCGGCGGCCGCACAGGGCCAGGAAGCAGGAGAAAAAAAAGAGACGCUGAUUUCGUGCGUGGUCAAGUGAUGAAACUGAGCGUGCAAGUACGUUUAUGCGUACGGCGAGUGAAUCCACUUUUCGUAGUCGUCAUAAUAUUAGAAUGAAACUUGUUUUUGUCUGUUUGUUUGCUCGAGCAUACAACUUCUCGUUUAAUUUGUAAGGCGUAUUUAAGCCAUACUUUUAAGAUGAUUCACAUGCUUUUGUAAAUACUUGUAUACCUAAUAAAUGUUCUCUUCUCACUGGUCACUUCAGAGCAUUUUAAGAAUCUCCCACAGUAAUUAAAAUUGUAUAGAAUUUUACAAAGA